AUGGGGAGCCGGGCAGGAGAGGCCUGGCGCUCUGUGGCCCCGCCCCUACACCUGUGCCGGCCCCGCCCCUCCACGCGCCCCUGCACGGCCCCGCCCCUGCUCGGCACCGGCCCCGCCCCGCUGUCUCGCGGCCACAAGGGGGCGCCGCGCUGCAGGGCGCUCCGUGUCCGCCAGGGGGCGCGCUGCGGGGCCGGGCCCGCCCGGCGGGGAGCGGCCGGGAGCGCGCCCGCACCCCGGGCCCCGCCGCUCUCGAGAGCGCGCACCGGGAGCGCCCCCGCACCCCGGGCCCCGCCGCUCUCGGGAGCGCGCACCGGGAGCGCCCCCGCAUCCCGGGCCCCGCCGCUCUCGGGAGCGCGCACCGGGAGCGCCCCCGCACCCCGGGCUCCGCCGCUCCCGGGAGCGCGCACCGGGAGCGCCCCCGCACCCCGGUUCCGGGGCCGCUCCCGGCGGGCACCGCUCGGGCCCGGAGCGGUGCGGCGGGAGCGGGGCCGGGGCUGUGGGACCGAGCGCUGCCCGCGCCCGCUCGCGGGGCGCUGCCGCCUCUCCCCCGCGGGCUGCGGGUCCCGGCCGGAUCGGGGCUGGGACCGGGCUGGGACCGGGCACGGCCCAGCCUGGCCUCGAUGCCCUCCCGCUCCGCUGGCGGGACGAGGCGGGCCGCAAGCGGCUGAUGGAGCUCCCAGCCGGAGCCGGGAUGGGGCGCUCGCCUCCCGCCGGGGUCUGCCGGGGGGUUCCCCGGCUGUGUUUUCUCCCCCCGUCGGGAGGCUCGGGGCCGUAUCGGGCUCGGAUCGGUGUCUGUACCGGGAUCGGUAUCGGGCCCGGAUCGGUACCGGUACCGUGAUGGGGCCCGGAUCCCGCCGGGCGCCCUCCGGCGGACACGGAGCGCGCUGCAGCGCGACCCCGCGCGGGCCGUGCCCCCGCCGGUCCCGGUGCCGGUGUCCGCUGCCGGGGCCCGGAGCGCGGCCGCUGCCAGCGCUGCCUCCAGCGCUUCCCGCCCCGGCUGCCUUCGGGACUCGGGAGUUUCCACAGCGGCUUUUCCCUGCCCCGUCGGGGAAGGUCCUGCCUGGGAUGGAAAUGGCUAAAAAUAGAGGAAACAAAAAUGCCAAAACCAGACACUGCCACGUGAGCCAAAGCAGCCAAAGCCUCGGGGUGGCCAAGGUUUGUUUUAUUGUCACGUCUGAGCCCUCUGCUGAUGGCCAGUGCCACCCUCACUUCCCCCAGGGACCCCCAGGAUGGUGCCAGAGUUGGAUUUUUGGGGCCCCGAUCCCCUCACAGCAUUAAAGGGCUCCAUCCUGGAGACUUCUUACAGGGGAGCAGAAUUGCACAUGGAACUUCGGUGACCACUGAGAAAUGAGAGACCUGUGAUAAAAACCCUUUUUUAAAGGAUAAGAUCAACAAUUUCUCUACAGCAGUUGAGCAGCUCCGAUAUCCGUGUGACACAGCCUCCAAUUCCAUCUCCAGAUUCGAGCUUGCCAAAAGGAAGUCACCUGCCCUCAGCGUAAAUAUUUAGUACACAAAAUACUGUCAAGAAACCCACUUUUAAUAAAUAUCUGCAGUUCUCA